UUUAGUAAGCUACGGCUAGCAUCAAUCAUUGCGGAGCAUUUACCCGGCUGGUUUAAUUACAGACAUUUUAUAUAUGUAUGGACUUUAAUCACGACGAAAACACGAGUUUUCCAUACGAUAUGAGAUAACGCGUAGUGAUAAGUGAUAUUAGCCUUGCAAACGCUGUUCGGGUAGUAGGAACAGUAUGCUCUUGAAGCAUUCUGCAGCUGUUUUCUGUAAUUGGAAGCACUGCUCUCGGAGUUUUGUCGGCUGUGUUUGGUAGGGAGACGAGAAGGGACAUGUAUGUUUAAAGUCUUACAGAGAGAAGAAUUCAGCAGUGAGACGUAAUGGAUAGCAGACGGGAAAAGAAGCUGACAUAUAUCACCAUCGGACUUAUUUUUCUUCUUAGCGGCGUGGAAUAUGCUGUAAUUUUGCCCACAAUAUGGCGUUUCUUGCAGACUCUGGAUGCAGCACCUUACUUUCUGGGAUUGGUCCUGUCAGCAUUCAGUCUGAGUGGCCUACUGUCUGGACCACUGUUUGGCCACUGGUCCGACAGAACCCGAUCAACAAAGAAGAUCAUAUUGUUUGCCAACAUCUUUGAGAUAGUUGGUAAUUUUAUGUACUUGAUGGGAUACUCAAAGUGGCUUCUGCUGUCAAGCAGACUGGUAGCAGGCAUCGGUGCAGGCGUUAGCUCGUCCAUCUUUGGCUUCUUAACCAGAAGCACGGCCCCAGAGGACCGUGCCACUGUAUUUGCUGCUUUCAUGGCGUGUCGGCAGGCUGGACUUGUGAUUGGUCCAGCAUUUAACAUCUUUCUGAGGUUGUGUGAUUUCCACUUGGGUCCUUUUGUAAUCAAUAAAUACACUGCGCCCGGGCUGUUUAUGUGUCUGCUGUGGAUUCUCCUUCAAUUCGUGGUUGUUUUCCUGACUGUGGACCUACCACCCGUUGAGAAGAGGAAAGCCAGGGAUAGUAUGACACGAAAGAACCAAGAGGAAGAGAAUGAGAAAGGCCUUGUGGAAGACGUAGAAGAGAGCGAUGAAGAGGGAAAGCCCCUAAUAGUGUCUCAGGAGCUGAUGGGGUCCUACGGCUCUGUCGUGGCUUCCAGUCCACCCAGGAACACUACGCUGAAUCCGAAUCCUUCACCUCAUUCUCCUGUUUCACCAGCAGAGUCUUCAGGUGUCUUUAAGAAUUUCAGCAUAUCUCGAGAGUUCCUGAGAGAAGAGGUGAUUGUGCUGCUGGCUGCCCAGUUUGUCACCUUUUUCAAUCAGACAGCGCUGGAGACCAUGGUGACCCCUCUGACGCAGAAAUAUUUCAGCUUUGGGGAGCUGGAGAACAGCGUGAUGUACUUUCUUGGUGGUGUAGUGGUGAUUGCCGGCUUCCUGUUUGUGCGCUGGCUGAGCCGCCAUGUGACAGAACGGGUGAUCCUCGCCAUUGGUCUGUGCAUGUGCAACAUCUCCUGUGUCUGGUGCCUCAUCUUCUUGGCUAAGCCGCUAGGUGGCUUUUCAUGGCAGCUGACAGAGUUCAUCAUUGGGGUAUUUCUGCAGGUUUUGGGUUUGCCGUUUGUGUCUGUUGCGCAGGUUUCUCUGUUUUCCAAAAUUACAGCUGAGAAAACACAAGGUUUCAGUCAGGGAAUACGUCGUUCAGUGGGGGGUCUAGCCACCAUUCUGGGCCCACUAUGGGCUGGAGGCCUUACCGAGAACAUGUAUGUCAUGAUGGGGAUGAUGACAAUACUGCUGGUCCUGCUAACGAUGAUGCUGGUCUACUCAUACAACCGACUGGUGGAACCUGCUGCACAGGAGCAAAUGGACAAUUCGGAAAACGUUAAUUAGCAAGUGGCUGUUAGAGGAAAAGUGGUUGAAGGAGAACAGUGGGAGCUUCGCGAUCUGUACUUUCUGUCCCUCAUCAGUCUCACUUUCUGCAUCAAGACCAUCAUGUAGAGUAGUAUCACAAGCACAAAGCUCAUUCUGUAAGGGUUGGAUUUGUCUGUGCAGAGGCUGAUCUGAUGCUGUUUAGUUCACUAUAUUUCCUAUGGAAAUAAACAGAGUUCUGCUGUU